CGCGCCUGCUUCGCUCUCUGUGGGACCGGAGGCUGAUCGCGGGGAGAAAGACAGCCUAUCAGCAGAAAAAGAACCACCAUGUGAACAAAGGGUAUAUAAGAAGGGACACGAAGGCGCAGAGUUGUCAGGGUGAGAACUUAUCUGAUUGUCUCACCACCGCUGGGGCAACGUUUUCAGGGCUCGGAAGAGAGCGAAUGGACAGAGCCGGGAGAGGAAUAGGACAGUCCCUCCAACGGUAGCAGACACGUAUACCAUGCCGACUAGUGAUGGCCCCAGCAGGUUCCCGGUCUUUGUGCCUCCACCUCAGGGCAGCCAGAGGUGCCCAGGUUAUGUCCCCGGACGAGUGGCUCCAGUCCGCUCGAUGCCACAUGCUAAAACGCCUCCGCCUCCACCGAUAAAACCUCACGGCCCGCCGCUGGGGCGACAAACAAGGGUCACCUUGUCAGAAGAGAACCAGCGUAGGGAGGAUGCGCAGAGGCUCCAGCAAAAGCUAAGAAAGAAGACUCUGAUCUGCUGUGGAGUGUCACUGGGGGCUUUCUUCCUCACGCUUAUCCUUGUCCUUAGCCUCAGUAGUGGUCCUGAGUUAGAUGAGAAUUGCCCAGAUCACAACCCAUCUCUCAGUAACUGGAAUCCAGGUCACCAACCACAGCGGGCUGUCAUUGUCAGGAGAGGAGAUUUGUUUAGACUGGAUGCUUCUGCUACCUUACGCUCACUUACCAUCCAAUCAGGAGGUCGGGUAGUUUUUGCAGACAGCCAUGACGGCUCCAAAAACAUAACAUUGAGAACACAUCACAUCCUCAUAGAAGAAGGUGGCGCCCUUCACAUCGGUUCGCCCAAAUGUCGCUACCGUUCCCAUGCUAUCAUUGCUCUCAUGGGCCGUUCCGACAGCGAGGCUGUCUCCGAGGUUCCAACAUUUGGCCGCAAGUUCAUUGGCGUGAAGGCCGGUGGAACUCUGGAGGUACACGGGACUGAGAGAGUUUCCUGGUCUCUGUUAACCAGAAGCAUCCCGGCGUCUGGGGUGGCCACGGGGGGUUAUGCCUUCCAGCGAAACUUCAGCCGAGGCAUCCACCUGCGCGUGGUGGACCAGGACACGGCUGCUCUGCUGUUCUCAGAACGCUACGACACGUACGAUUCCCGCAACGACAGCCAGCGGCUCGCCCAGCUGCUUUGCUCCCUUCCUGUGGGCCGAAUUGUCACACUCGCCGUGGGAGACUCUGCCGAGAGAAAUCUUGGGCCAGAAACCAGGAAAGUCAUCCAAGAGAAACUCGGCAGCAGAUUUGCUCUGGAUCUCCAGUACAGGCAGGCAUGGGCUUUGGUUUCCGUGAUAGGCGGUACAAAUGCAUCAUGCUCGGAGGAUGUUAGGGAACACGAAAACCAUGACACAGGAGGAAGAGCUCUGGCAAGACGGAACUUCACCACUGUCAAUGGAGUGGGUUUCUCGGUCACUGCCUAUAGCGAGUGGAAGACCGGUGUCCCUACUGCAGGCUUCCAGGUGGAUGCUGUGGACCAGGUGGUGCUAAACCUGCAGGAUGAAGUGCAACAGACAUGGCUACCAGGGGAUCGCAUCGUAGUUGCCAGCACAGACUACUCAAUGCACCAGGCUGAAGAGUUUACCCUGCUGCCCUGCCCUCACUGUAACAGCCGACAGGUCAAGAUACAAGGGAAGCCUCAGUAUAACCAUACCGGAGAGAUCAUAGAUGGCAUCGACAUGCGUGCCGAAGUGGGUCUCCUAUCCAGAAACAUUCUCAUUUAUGGAGAAAUGGAAAACUCCUGCUACGGAGACAACAUGUGUCAGUUCUACAACCAUGACACCUUUGGAGGCCACAUCAAGAUUCUCAGUAACUUCUCAUCAGUGCAUCUGUCCUACGUGGAGUUAAAGAACAUGGGUCAGCAGGCUAGAAAAAGCCGCUACCCCCUCCACUUCCACAUGUGUGGGGAUGUCGACCAGAAGGGAGGCUACGCAGAGGCCACCUUUGUGGACGGACUCUCCAUACACCACUCCUUCUCCCGCUGUCUCACCAUCCACGCCACCAACGGCCUGCUGGUCAAGGACACUAUAGGCUACGACACCUUGGGCCACUGUUUUUUCCUUGAGGAUGGGAUUGAGCAGCGCAACACUUUCUACCACAACCUUGGCCUCCUGACCCGACCUGGGACUCUUUUACCCACCGAUCGCAAUGAGACCCUCUGCCUCAGCAUCAAGGACAAAGUCUACAAGGGCUACACUCCCUCGCCCAGUACAGAGUGCAAGGCAGUCUCAACAUUCUGGAUCGCCAACCCCAACAACAACCUCAUCAGUAAUGCAGCAGCUGGUUCUCAGGAUGCUGGGAUUUGGUUUGUGUUCCACAGCUCUUCCACAGGUGACUCCCAUGGCCUGGUGCCAGAGACCAAGGCCGAGCUCACACCUUUGGGGAUUUUUUACAACAAUCGUGUACACUCCAACUUUAAGGCAGGGCUGUUCAUCGACAAAGGAGUGAAGACCACCAAUGCCACUGCUGCUGACCCCCGGGAAUACCUAUGUUUGGACAACAGUGCCAGGUGGCUUAUUCCUCAUCAUCUCCACCGUAGGACGUUCCCAAUCCGAGGUUUUCAGAUCUACGAUGGCCCAGUGCGGCUUACACAGAGCACAUUUCGUGGCUUUGCCCCCUUAAGCGAAACAAAUAAACGCACAACAACCACACCAGAACGAACUACGCCAGAAAACACCACGCGUCAUACCAGUGCAGUGGGAUUCAACUUGAAGAACACCUGGCAGCUCACCCCUCGAAACAACCUGUCUCAGCUCAGCUUCCACUCCACAGUGCAUCUUCGGGCAUUCUUUGGACAACCUGGAGAGUGGUUUGAUGAAAACAACCUCGACGGUGACAAAACCUCCAUCUUUCACGAUCUGGACGGCUCAGUGACAGGCUACAGUGACACCUACGUUGGCCGAGCAGACAACUACCUUAUCCAACAUCCUGGCUGUGUGAAAAACCUGAAGUGGAAUGGAGUGAUAUGCAGCGGCCGCUACUCUCAGGUGUACAUCCAGACCCAAGGAGCCCCUAGCCUGAGUUUAUCCAUCAGCAGAGAUGAAUACCCUAAUUCUCCUCUGUUACUGAGGGGGAUUAACAGCCAGGGGGCGUCGUCCCAGCAGUACCAGCCCAUCCUGAUGAUGAGCAAGAGCUACACUCUGCACUGGAGUGGGCCUGCGCCCAGAGAAAUGGUCCUCUCUCUCAUUAACUUUGAUAAGGAUGACUGGGUGCUGGUGGGACUCUGUUAUCCGUCAGACACCACUUUUCAGAUUAUGUCCGACACAUACGACAGGCAAAGUAACACGUUUGAUGACAUCACAGACUACGGCACCGUGUUAUCCUUCCCAGAGCUGCAGAAAAAGACAAUGGAGAGGAAGUACUACUUUGACCAGACUGCUGGCUUAUUGUGGCUCUACCUUCGGGCCCGGCAUGGUCGUGAUGGUCACAGCUACUGUUCUGUUAAAGGCUGUGAAAGAGUGAAGAUCACAGCCACUACAUCCUCCAAAGAGACCUGUAACUGUACAGCCAAAGCUUACCCCAAGUACGCCAAGGCUCCCUCAGUCGUGGUGCCUAUGCCGGCUCUAAACACGCAGCCCUGCAGAGACUGCGGUGCUAAACAGCUUGUGUUUUCCAGUGAGCCAUGGACCUCCUACCUCCAGACUCAAGUGAAGUCUCUCAGCAUUAAAGAGCAGCAGCGAGGAGACAACGUCUCCUUUAUCACUGUGAAUGAGAUCACCAUGUCCUUCUCACAGCCGGGGUUUUUCCUGGUCUCAGUGGAUGCCUGCUCUGGAAAAGUCACCAAGAAAACCUCAUUUAGUAAAGUGGAUAAAAAGAUGGAAACUGACAUACCAAACAGGUCAAUAGUCCUCGUGGCAACGCGGGGACAGUCGGGGGAGCUGGUCAAUAUCGCACCACAUCUGGUCUCUCUUGGUGUGGCCAAAGAUCCUGAUCUGCAUAGUAAAGAGAGUCUGGCACUUUGGGGCUUCCGAGGGAGUUCCUCACCUCCUUUUUGGGUUUCACUACUGGCUGGACAAGGCGAUGACGUCUUAGGGCUGCAGGAGCGCUACUUGCCUCUGGGCUUGGAGAUGUAUGGCUGUCCGCGACCUGCAACUCAAAAACGCAAAGACCUAGAGCUUCUGAGAAAAGCCACAGGACAACAAUAACCAAUGUGAACUGUACAUGUUACCUAGCCGUAAUGCUGUUGCACACAGAUACACAAACACACAGCCAUUUGAUGAAUGUGAACUGCUGAACCUUUAAUUUAUUAACGAUGACAAAGAUGUUUACUGCUUUCAAGAGGAAUGAAAGUGGGGUUUUUUAUGAAUCGAAUGAAUUUUUUUGUGUAUGUAAGCGUGUGUAUGUAUGUGUCAGUAUGCCUUUGGGCCAUGAAGUCAAUGCACUUUCCUCUUUAUAUACACACAACCUGCCUUACUAGCCAGAGUGACGUAAUGGAGCUUUACAGUAACAAAGGAGAAGAAACAAACCCAAAGUAAUCCUGCAAGAUCUACCUACCUGUCCUAUUUAUUGUGCAGUAAUUGAUUCUGAACACAGAACCCAAUUCAUUGCAUACACAGAUCAAAAUUUAAUUAUGAGGAUAAAUGACUUUGAUUUGACGUGAAAGCGAAAUAAGAUGGAUUUGAUGUGCUCAGGUCAAAGGAAGUGAUAAAAACAAAUGUCAUUGCCUCUGAGAUGUGAAUGGCAGUAUUAAGCCAAAAACCGUUGUUAAUGUGGUUUAGUCGCAUUGGUGAUUAAUACUGCAAAUCUCCUUUAAAACAUAACCAUAACAAGCCAUAUUCUAUCGAAAUAAUCAUGUAGAUGCAUAAUAAUAAUGUGUGUAAAAUUAAUCUGACGGUUUUUGGCCUUUCUUGUGUACAAAAAACCCUUAAAAAUAACGACUUCUGUGCAGGUGACUCCUUUUAUAUUUGACACGUUGCAAUAGAUUCUCUUUAAACUGGAAAACCUCUGAAUCGCGUGCAGCUCUACAUCUGAGAUCUUUAAGCACCUUUUUAUGGAUUUCUUUACACACUUACUUUUUUUUCCCUCCUCAUGUUUGUAUUUGUCUUUUCACAGUGAUGGUGUGGCAAGUGUUGGCCACAAAUACCUUUCCUCUACUUUUUUUUGUCUUCGCAAACAGAAAUGAAUGUUUUACCUUUCAUCUGCCUCAUUCAUGUGCAUUAUUGCCAAAACAGUAUAGUAACAUAUAACUCUAGGUUGCCGUUUCCUUUUUGUUUUUCUUUCUUAGUUUGUAUCCGUGCUGUACAGCAGUGACAGUAAAAGUAUCAUAUUUUAGCUGUAAAGGUUACACGGCUUUAUUUUGAGGCUAUUUUAAUCUUUACCGUGAGCAGGGCUCCCCCACUGAGCGAUGAUGAGUAGUUGUGACUGUGUGAGUAAAUGUCUGAUCAUGUUAGGUGAAGGGAUGACCUCGCUGCCUUUUAACCACUCUACUGUUAAAAAGAGCAAAAGACCGAGAAAUGGGUUGAGUCCCUUUGCCUUUUCCUUAAGUUGAAGAUUCAUCGAUGCACAAGUGAGUUGUUUGUUUUUGUUUUUCUUCUUAAGAUUAGGGGUGAACUUUGUAAAUAAGAAAUUGAACUGUACAUGUAAUGGAAAGUAGACUCCCAUUAAUGUGUGUAUUUUAUUUGUUUUUGUUUCUUAUUAAUUGAUAAAUGAUUUGGAAAAAACAUCUUUCCUGCAAUUUGUCAUGAAAUUGCAAAACAAAUAAAGUUGUUUUGUUUUAUGAUAAAGUCA